CUAGAGGGUAGAGUAGGAGCCGCUAAUGCAGGAGAGGGCGGAGCAAGGGUCACCUUUGUACUGCACUUUUGUUUGCAUUCCUAAAGUUGCCUAGCUAUGCUUUAGACGGGUUUGCAUUAGCUCUGAGUCAGUCUGACACAGGAAACUGAGGCCGAGAAGCGGGAAGCGUUGCCAUCUGCUGGGCCACGCAACCUGUUAAGGCGAGGCCGGGGACCAAGGCAUCAGAGUCUGCGCAACAUCUUGGCCCGGCAGGCAGAAAGCUCCGGGAGCGACCUCAUGGAAGAGAAGCAGAUACUAUGCGUGGGGCUAGUGGUGCUGGACAUCAUCAAUGUGGUGGACAAGUACCCGGAGGAGGACACGGACACCAGGUGCUUGUCCCAGCGGUGGCAGCGCGGAGGCAACGCGUCCAACUCCUGCACCGUGCUCUCCCUGCUCGGAGCCCGCUGCGCCUUCAUGGGCUCGCUGGCCCCGGGCCACGCCGCUGAUUUCCUGGUGGCUGACUUCAGGCAGCGGGGUGUGGACGUGUCUCAGGUGGCCUGGCAGAGCAGGGGAGAGACCCCGUGCUCUUGCUGCAUCGUCAACAACUCCAAUGGCUCCCGUACCAUUGUGCUCUAUGACACGAACCUACCAGAUGUCUCUGCUAUGGACUUUGAGAAGGUUGAUCUGACUCGGUUCAAGUGGAUCCACAUUGAGGGCCGGAACGCCUCGGAACAGGUGAAGAUGCUGCAGCGCAUUGACCAGCACAACACCAGGCAGCCCCCGGGGCAGAAGAUCCAGGUGUCCGUGGAGGUGGAGAAGCCCCGUGAGGAGCUGUUCCAGCUGUUUGGCUAUGGAGACGUGGUGUUUGUCAGCAAAGAUGUGGCCAAGCACUUGGGGUUCCUGUCAGCAGUGGAAGCCCUGAGGGGCUUGUACAAUCGCGUGAGGAAAGGGGCUACCCUGGUCUGUGCCUGGGCUGAGGAGGGCGCCGAUGCCCUGGGCCCUGACGGACAGCUGCUCCACUCGGAUGCUUUCCCGCCGCCCCGGGUGGUGGAUACUCUGGGGGCCGGCGACACAUUCAACGCCGCGGUCAUCUUCAGCCUGUCCCGGGGGAAGAGCAUGCAGGAGGCACUCAGGUUCGGCUGCCAGGUGGCUGGCAAGAAGUGUGGCCUACAGGGCUACGAUGGCAUCGUGUGAGUGCCCUGUGGCAGGGGGCACCGGCUCGCACCACCCUGGGGGCCAAUGUCGCCAGCUGCUGCCGCCUUCUCCCCUCCACCCAGCCUAGCAUCUGGCGGCCCUGCUCCCUGGCAGGCGCAGGCCGUGGGAGGGCUCCGCCUGCGUCCUGGCGUCUCACACUGCGGAGCCACAGAGCAAAUAAAUCUCCUUCCGCGGAGCCUGCUUCCUUCUGGCAAUCUGUUUGUCCUUGAUGUCCAAACUGCUCUGGCUGGGGCUUCUGGAGGCUUUGAUACUGCAGCUCUUCCUCCUCUUUCUUCCAUUCCCCCCUUUCACCGCCCCACCCAAGCCCAAAGGAGGGGUUCCCUAGACCAGAGCAGCAGAAAUGCCCCAGGCCUGCCACCAGCUAUGCCCAGUUCAGGGAUCUGUAGCGACAGGGAGCCUUUCUGGCUGGGGAGGACACGAAACUCCUUGUACCCUCCCCAGGGAUCCUUCCGAACAACCACACAUCAGGAGAUAAGCUCCUCUGGGUCCUGGUGCUGUCAUGGGACUCCAGUUCCGCAGGCCUAGGAGUGGCUCAGGCUGAACCAACUUCACAGGCCAGCAGGCAGGGAGCCUACUCUGUGGUUGGUGGGGCCUUUGCCAUCCAAAAAUAGCUUCCCGGUGACCAGUGACCGCUCCAAAGACUGAACGCCCCACCCUUGGGGCCACCUUGGAGUUAAGGCAGUGCCUCCGCCAUGAACAUGACCCAGGAUACAGAGUGUUGCUGUCCCCGAGGGAUCCCAGGGUUGAGGCCGUAGGGGUGUGUGAGGCCACAGGCAGCCCUGAGUCCAGAUCUGCCUCAUAAUUAGCUGUGUUGCCUUGGGCGCAUUAUUGAACUCAAUCUUCCUCAAUUCCUUCAUCUGUCAAAGGGAGCUAAUUCUGUCUGGUCAUAGAAUUAUUGUGAGGAUAAAAAUCACACAAUAUAUAAAAUGCUG